CCUUCACUAUCUGCAUUAUCACUUGAUAAUACUUCAGUCUGUCGCGGAAUAGCGUUCAGCUCGCACAUGCCCAUGUGAACCGUAAAAAUGUCGAAGAAGGAAAUUCCUCAGACUCAUAAUCCCAGCUCGCUGCAAGAGCUGAGGAUAGACAACCUGAAUAAGCCGAGGAGGCACAGCAUGCAGCCUCCGAUGCUGGAGAAAGGGCGGCUGCCCAAAGUGUCCAGCAAGAGCAACGACUUUGUGUACGUGAACACGGCGUAUGCCGGCAGUUUGAGCAGUGUCAGGGAGAACCCGGCUCCUGUGGCUCCCACCAGCGUCAUCAGAGAGCAGUACUGGGCCUGCUCCAAGUGGCCUCACACCCAACGAAUCCUGGCCAUCACGGUGGGCGUCCUCGUAGGAGCAGUCAUCGGGCUGGCCAUCACCAUCGUCCUGACGGGCAAGGAGCCCGACGACCUCAUGAACAACAUCUUCCAGACCAGAUCUGCACCAGACUAAAGCACCUUUAUAGGUUUGGUUAACAAUUCUAGAGCUUGCACCGACUUUAUGGUCUUAAGUUUGUGAAUAUUUUGAUUGUUUAUAAGGUGUGGGUUACAAUUGUUUACUAGUGUGCUUUAAGGCGAAGUCGGGUCAAUAAAAUGAUCUCAUGAUGAGAGCAUAAA